ACGAGACGCGCAAGAUGGCGGCGGCUCUGGGGUGACCCCAGCCGCGGGGUGGCGGAGCCAUGGCGAAGAAUAAGAAUGCAGGCCAUAAAGGGUCCUAUGGCUACCACAAGCUGAAAGAAAGAGAACCAAGAGCUUGCAUCCGAUUCAAAUGUGCGCUCACAAACACCAUCUUAGAUAUCCUGCGUCGGAGACCAGGAUGGGUUGAAGUAAAAGAGGAGGGUGAGUGGGAUUUUUACUGGUGUGAUAUCAGCUGGCUUCGGGAGAAUUUUGACCAUACCUACAUGGAUGAACACGUUCGCAUAUGCCACUUCCGGAACCAUUAUGAGCUGACUCGUAAGAAUUACAUAGUGAAGAACCUGAAGAGGUUUCGGAAGCAGAUAGAGAGAGAGGCAGGAAAGCUGGAGGCAACAAAAUGUGACUUUUUCCCCAAGACCUUUGAGAUGCCAUCAGAGUACCACUUGUUUGUGGAAGAAUUUCGCAAGAAUCCUGGCAUCACCUGGAUUAUGAAACCAGUUGCCAGGUCACAAGGGAGAGGGAUUUUUCUGUUCCGAAAACUCAAGGAUGUCAUUGACUGGAGGAAGGAUGGGGUCCGUACAGAUGAUCAGAAAGAUGAAACUCAAGUAGAGAAUUAUGUAGCUCAGUGCUAUAUUGAAAACCCAUAUUUAAUAGGCGGUCGAAAGUUUGACUUGAGAGUUUAUGUUUUAGUGAUGUCUUACAUCCCGCUGAAGGCCUGGUUAUACCGGGACGGCUUUGCUCGCUUUUCCAACACACGCUUCACUCUAAGUAGCAUAGAUGAUCAUUAUGUGCAUCUCACCAAUGUAGCAGUGCAGAAGACUGCACCUGACUAUGAUCCAGAGAAGGGCUGCAAGUGGAUGAUUCAGCGGUUCCGACAGUACCUGACUGCCAAGCAUGGGGCAGAAGCGGUGGAGACUCUUUUUGCAGAAAUGGACAACAUUUUCAUCAAGAGCCUACAGAGUGUUCAGAAAGUGAUCAUCAGUGACAAACACUGUUUUGAACUGUAUGGAUACGACAUCCUGAUAGACCAGGAUCUCAAGCCCUGGCUUCUUGAGGUUAAUGCUUCUCCCUCCCUCACUGCCAGUAGUCAGGAGGACUAUGAGCUCAAGUGUCGCCUUCUCAAGGACACUUUGCAUAUUGUGGACAUGGAGGGCAGGCUGACAGGGAAGGAGAAGCGUAUUGGGGGCUUUGACCUGAUGUGGAGUGAUGGUCCGGUCAGUAGAGCAGAAGGGAAUGUGGAUACACCAGUAAAUGGAAGCUUCAUGGCAAACACACAUUUAGGCUACAACAAUGACAGGAAAAAACAGCUGAAGCAGCUCUUCAGACCUCUUCAUACCCAGCAGAAAGUUUAAUGCAGAUCCAGAGCAUGAGGCAAGAGAAGUCACUGAGGAUUGAGCUCUUUCACUCCCUCUUCCUCAUAUUGUACAGCUGCCAUUCUCAUUUGUCUCUGGACAGUUUUGCUGCCUCAGCAUAUGAGUGCUGGCCAUUUCUUGGUUCCUUAGGAUUUUCCCUGCAUGGGAAUAUUAGUUAACAAAUGAAUCCCGUUCAUAAGCCAGAGCAACAAUAGAAGUGGGUUGGCUUUUAACUUGGACAUGAUGCAAUCAGGUAUUUUGGUUAUGUUCUGUUGUGGUUGACCAGUUCUUCAGUAAACAAUCAAUCUGUUUUGUUCCACAGCGCAGGCUGUACCAAGGCUGUCAACUGGCUACUACAUAUGACUAUAGAUCAGUUGUACACGCCACAUUGCAGACAAAAAGCACUCCUAUCCAUCACUAACUCUGUAUAUGUUGCAAUGGAUAUGAAUAAAAUAUUUAAUGCUUCA